UGGCCUGGAGUAUUGGCUGAUUAGUGCACCGCUAAGCCUGCCGGUCGAUAGGUAGAGUGGUACCCCCGCAAUAAUGGUGCGUUCGUUGUUACUAGUUUCGUUAGGUCUGUGCUGCCUGUUGGCAUCGGCCGACCGACCGCCAUACAAGAGUAGUGGAAUUUAUGAGGAAGAACCACAGCUCCCUGGUGCCAGUGAUCUCAGUGGUGGUGUUGCGAGUGAUGAGAUUGGCGUAGUUCCGGCGCAGCCCGUUGAUGAACGCUACCGUCUGCCAAAAACGUCCAUCCCGAUUCACUACGAUCUCCAUCUGCGUACCGAAAUCCAUCGCAAUGAGCGUACGUUCACUGGUACCGUCGGCAUUCAGCUGCAGGUAGUGCAGGCGACGGAUAAGCUAGUGAUGCAUAACCGCGGUCUAGUUAUGUCGUCGGCCAAGGUGUCCUCCCUGCCGAAUGGUGUGACCGGUGCACCGACACUGAUCGGCGAUGUACAGUACAGCACGGAUACGACCUUCGAGCAUAUCACGUUCACGAGCCCAACGAUCCUGCAGCCUGGCACUUACCUGCUGGAGGUUGCGUUCCAGGGUCGACUUGCUACCAACGAUGACGGUUUCUAUGUCUCCUCCUACGUGGCAGACAAUGGCGAGCGAAGAUAUCUGGCAACGACACAGUUCGAAUCAACCAGCGCCCGCAUGGCAUUCCCCUGUUACGACGAACCGGGUCUGAAGGCAACGUUCACCGUUUCCAUCACGCAUAGCCGCAGCUACAAGGCCAUCUCCAACAUGCCUCAAAAGACUACUACGGACAUUGAGACCGAUAUGCGCACCACGGACUUCGAAAAGACCCCAGCCAUGUCUACCUAUCUGCUGGCAUUUGUGGUUUCCGACUUCCUGUUUCGCGUAUCGGGCACGCAGCGUGUCUACGUUCGCCCGAAUGCGUUCAAUGAGGCGGCCUUUGCUCUGGAGGCUGGAGUGAAGAUUCUGAAGGUGCUGGACGACCAUCUUGGCAUCCCGUACGAUACGUACAUGCCGAAGCUGGAUCAAAUUGCUAUCCCUGACUUUGCUGCGGGUGCAAUGGAAAACUGGGGCCUGGUGACAUACAGGGAGCAAGCGCUAUUGUUUAACCCGACAGUGAGUACUUAUCGCGGAAAGACGAAUGUCGCGACCACGAUUGCGCAUGAGUACGCUCAUCAGUGGUUCGGUAAUCUGGUGUCGCCCGAAUGGUGGGAAUACAUCUGGCUGAAUGAGGGUUUCGCGACGCUCUACGAGUUCUACGCUCUCGAUAUGGCCUACCCGGGCCAGGAGUACUGGGAGCUGUUCAACCAGCAGGUCAUCCAGUACGCGAUGGGCCAGGACGGGCAGGCUUCCACCCGGCCGAUGAACUGGAAUGCAGCUACACCGGGGGAAAUAUCGGCUCUGUUCGAUCGUGUCGCGUAUGACAAAUCUGGCAGUGUGUUGAACAUGAUGCGACACGUGCUUGGAGAUGAUAACUGGAAAGCCGGCUUGAAGGCGUAUCUUUCCGAUCGUGCCCUACAGGGAGCCGUGGACGAGCAGCUGUACGCAGGGCUGCAGAGCGCCAUCGAGGGCAAAGGAGUGCUGCCAAAUGGAGUGACCGUCGGCCAGAUCAUGCGCACCUGGACCAACGAGGCAGGCUACCCCGUGCUGAAUGUACGCCGCUCGUACGACACCGGAGAUGUGAUUAUCUCGCAGGAGCGAUUCUACAACGAUCGCAAAGUGCCAAACACCAACAUCUGGAUGAUCCCGUACAACUACGUCCACCAGGCGAAGGCCGAUUUCAACGAGUUCGAUGACUUCCAGUGGCUCGCUACCAAGGCGGCCCGCAUUGAGACGACCGUGCCCGCGAACGAGUGGAUCGUGUUCAACAAGCAGCAGGUCGGCUACUAUCGCGUCAACUACGACGAACGCAACUGGGAGCUCAUUACCAAUGCGUUACACGAGAACUGGGCCAGCAUACAUCGGCUUAACCGUGCACAGCUCAUCGAUGACGCCUACUGGUUGGCUCGAUCCGGCCGGCUCGAUCUGCGCGUAGCCCUGCGUUUCAUGACGUACCUGCGCAAUGAGCGAGAGUACGCACCGUGGACGGCGGCAAACGUUGCCCUAACUUACUUCAACAACCGUCUCCGCGGAACGGCCGAGUACCACAACUUUUUGAUAUUCGUGGACGCGCUAAUCGAAGACAUCUACAGUUUGCUAACAAUCGACGCAGUUUCGCCCGACGACACGCUAUUGCACAAGUAUCUCGUGCAGACAAUUUCCACCUGGGCUUGCUCGAUGGGCUACACUGACUGUCUGAUGAAGACGGCCGCUCUGCUGAAGGCUGAGGCUAGUGGGACGGGUCCAGCCGUUCAUCCGGACAUUGCCAGCGUGACGUACUGUUACGGUAUGCGCUCUGCCGCAGAGUCUGAAUUCCAGUAUCUAUACCGGAAGAUGAUGAACUCGAAAAAUCUCGCCGAACGAACGAUGCUGAUCGAUUCGCUUGGCUGCUCGAACAACAAGGAGUUCCUGAAGGCAUUCCUGACGACCGCCCUGGGUAGUGGAACGGGUGUGGAGAUCAACUACCGUGCGGACGAACGGCGCCGUGUCGUGCAGGCGAUCUAUUCUGGCGGCCGUACCGGUGUGGAUGCGCUGAUCGAGUUCCUGAUGGAUCCCGCGCUGGUGAAUGAGUUUGUCAGCACGCUUUCCACGUCCACGCUCAAUUCGGCACUGUCGGCUAUUGCAUCGCGUACCAACAACGUGGAGGAAAUGAAUAAGCUCAACGCUCUGAUCACUGCACUGGGCAGCAGGGUCAACAGUCAGACGGCGGCCAACCUACGCACCACGGCUCAAGCCAAUCUGGACUGGGUGGAUGGAUUCGAGGGCUUGAUGCUGUCCAACUUCCUGGCUGAGUUUGUGGCAGAGACCCAAUUGACGACCACUGCAGCGCCGGAAACGACUACGGUGACUGCAGGACCAAUCACCACUACCACCACCCCAUCGUCCGCCGUAACUACGACCACUAGACCCACCUCCGUAACGACUACAGUGGUGCAAACGACGACGGAAGAGGACGAUGGAGCGGCAACGAUUGGCCUCUCGAUAGCGGCACUGUUGGUCUCGAUCACGGUUCACCUGCUCAUGGGAUAAUCAUUCCGAUGAUUCAUCGUGUUUGCGAUAUCACGCGGGGUUAUUGUUUUCCCGUAUCCUGGAUUCCGUAGCCCCUUUGCGCAAGUACCCGGGAUCAAGAUCAUUAGAGUACGAUUAUUGAUACUAUAUCAGGAGUAGAAUAAACACAAAACCCCUACAUCAA